CUGAGUCAAAAGGAACGCGAGGCAGAACGUGAAGAGGCGCGAAAGAAGCGCCGUCAAGAGAGCGAGUUCCGUCAUCUUCUACGGGCACAGCAGCCGGCAAUAGAUGCAAACUCAGAGUGGGCAACUGUUCGUACAAAAAUCGAAAAGGAAAAGGCGUUUUUGGUGAUUGAUUCUGAAGAACUGCGGACGAAGUACUUUGAAGAAUACAAACGUUCUCUGAGCGAAUCGUGUUCACAUCAUUCCAAGGAGUCUGACAGCGAUAGCGAGCCCAAGGAAAAGAGGAAGCGAAAGAAGCACUCAAGAGAGGAGAGGGACAGUGAUGAUGACAAAGGCAAGAAAUUCUAUUUUUUAUUUCUGCAGUGA